AUGAAGAGAUUGUUUCAGCGAAUGAGCGGAAGCGAAGAGGAGCAUCUCGUCUCGCUGACGUUCCGCAAAAACGAGGAAGACGACGGAGGGACAGAAGUGAAGGAGAAAGCGCCGCCGACGAGGACGAAGAUGGAGUUCGUCAACCAGGUGAGAGAUCGAGGAGACGAACCGUUCUCUGAUAGCCGUAGUCUAGCGAAUAGAUCAACGACUUGUGUCCGGUUGCAUUCAAAAAACGCGCCUUCUCUCUCGCUCGUCAUGCUGUUAUCGUUAUCGUUCAGAACUUUGUCGAAAGCACGGAGGACGAGUCUGAUCUGUCGACGCCAACGGCCGCCGGACCGCCACUGGGCGCUGCACUUAACGGCGACGAAACCCCGACAGUGAGUCUUCUCCUUUUCCCGCCUCGUUUAUCUUUUUGCAAAUCGGUUAGUCGGUCCAAAGGUUGCAAUAAUAGCGGGCGAAAAAGUUGGUUGAAGUGGGCGGAAUGUAUUUUUGGUUUUUCAGUUUUCCAGUGGCAUUGCAGACUGGGAAACUGAAAGUGCGUGAGUAAUCCGAUUCGUGACCAUUGAUCAGAGUUCACAGUGAUGACACAUCCGACUCAAAAUAUCUGAGAUUGACAAAACAUACAUCUGAAACUGAACCCAUUCGUAUUCGUCAUCGGUCGACCGAUAAACAAAACCGUUGGUUGCCAUCGCAAAUCAUAGCAAUAAUGGCCUGAUAUCUGUCUCUUCUGUCUCUUUUUUCGCACUUUUUCUGUGUUCGAUGAUUCUGCAUCUGAUUCAGAUUCGCACCCGUCGCCCCUCUCACCUAGUCUCAUCGACCUUUCUCGUCUGUUUAGCGCGUCGCAAAAUGAGAGAACGGAGAAUAAACGAUACGCAGAAUGACCGAAAAAGCAGAAUGAUAGGACGUGGUGUACAUAGAACUCCUUAUCGGCAGAAAAGUAACAGAGAGAGAGAGAGAGAGAGAGAGAAAAGGGGAGGCUGACUGCACGGGGCAUCGGCGCGGGUUGCAUUCUGUGUGGAACUGCACACACAAAUACACUUAUACUCGUUUAUUUCUCACGAUGGUUCUUGGUAGACGGAAAGACUCGCGGGCGACCAAGUCCGAUGAUACGGUAGGUCUGGCAGACUAGUAUGAGUAGGAUAAAAAACAAAUGUGUCGAAACUACGGUAGCUUCCCAAGCCUCUCCUCAUUCAUACUGACUAACUGUUUUUUCUUCAAAGAAACACUGUAGUCUACAUCCUUCUAUCUAUUCAACUUCCGCGUUAGACAUCUUCUCGCUUCUCCGCGAAAAAAUGUUAAUUUUUUCAGCAUCCUGACCCCACAGCAAAGUACACAAUGGCACAAACGAAAGAUGGAGAUCUCUCACGGCCGUCUGCUCUUCCGGUAAGUCCGCCCCAUCCUUUAUUAUGGUUUCUGAAUAAGCUACCUGUAUUCAGAACAACGGAAAUCCGGGAGCUUCAGCGCCCGUUCUGCCGGCCGCCAAAUCAUUUCCGAAUCCGAAGUCGAUCGCAACUCCAGUGCCUCCGCGGAGAAAUCGUCGGCCAAAAGUUUGUUUCCUUUUCCAGUUUACCUUAUGAUUUCCGUCCUGCCUUAUUGACUUAUCGUGCCAAAAUGCCUAACGCACAGUCUGAUAAAGACUGUUUUACUGCCGCGAUCCUAAGAGCACCGAAUGUCCUGGACUUGUUCGGUGUUUGGGCACAAAAGAUAACGAGAAGUUGUGGAGUUUGGAGUCUGACGAAUUCGAGUAAACAAGGUGUAAAUGUCUCCAAAAAAAAAGUGACGAAGAAGCAUAUGCUUUGAAACGUGCCUGAGAGAAACAGACGGAAUGGACAAGGGAUGCGUCACUAUGUUGAAUUUCGCUCAGUUCCGUCCCUCCACGCUCCGUAUUCUUUCCCAUUCGUCACUUUUUGCUAUUUCUCAACACGCAGCUAGCUACUGCUCGAGAAACUUCGAUAAUGUCUUCGCAACGUAGACAAAUCCGCUCGAAAAGUGUCCCGCACGCUCGUCAGCUUCUCGUUGAUCGCGUUCAGAGAAACGAGCGGAAUCUCGAGGGACCGUUUCAAAGUAUUCUCUGGCAGAAAUAUGUUCUAGAACGGCCUAAGGUACUGUAAAUGUGCAUCCUAAAUAUUGUUGUGAUCCUCAAUGAAAGCUGGUCUAAUUAUCUUCUAUUUCAGGUGACAGAGUUGAAAUGCUCAGAAGUGCGGUGGUUCUACCAAGAGCCGAAGGCUACCCUGUGGACGCCGUUCAAUGGACGCGACUCCAUCAUGCUCGAGAUCAAAUUCAGGAGAGAGAAACACAUCGAAUUAGAUGAGGACACGAAAAUGAUCUACGACGAGCAACUGCUCGACUACAAAAUGGAUAAUCUCAACUUGGACAAUGACGAUGAGAAGCGGAUGGUGGUUGUGUUGAACGGACAGUAUCGAGUGAAUGCUGACAACACAAAGAUUGACCCGAUAUACUGGAAGGAGGACACGAAGGAGAUUCGCAGAGGAACGUGGUUCUCGCCGGACUAUCAACCUGUGGAAAUGCCGCUUUGCGAUCAAAUUGAAAAGAACCACUUGCAAUGCUUCAGAAAUCAGAUGAUUCCAGAGGGAACGACGGUGUUCUCGAAAUCAGAGACGAGUAAUAAGCCAAGUGAGUGACUGAUUCCCCAAGAAAUCUAAACGAAUAUUAAUUUCAGUUCUUGCCGAGCUUCACGUCGUAGGGUACGACAUCCGAUGGAGUUCAGUCAUUGAUAUCACCCUUCAUCAGAAAGGAAAUGCUAUUAUGAGAUACUUGUGGUCCAAGUCGACGCCUUUGCGGAGGGGAUACGAGAAGGAAGCCGAUUGGAAUGAUGCGGCGGCCGAAAUCAGCCAUCUCAUACUCGUUGUGCACGGAAUCGGACAGAAAGGAUACGAGAAUCUGAUUGCUCAGAACGCUAUGCAGUAAGUACCACCUAAUCCGGUAUUCCCUUAUUGCUGACAAUCCAGAGUUCGUGAUGGAGUCGUGGCGGCUAUGGAGAGACACUAUCCGGACGAAAAAACUAGGCCGAUGUUCCUGCCGGUGGAAUGGAGAUCCUCACUGGUGCUCGACAACGGACUCACUGACAACAUAACCAUUCCGAAAAUGAGCAGUAUGAGAGCAUCGCUUAACAGUACGGCCAUGGACGUCAUGUAUUACCAAAGUCCUUUGUUCAGAACUGAGGUACAGUAAUCCAGAGGGUGGUGCCAACCUCAUCCUGUCAUUUUCAGAUUGUUCGAGGUGUUACCUCCCAACUAAAUCGUACCUACAAGCUGUUCAAAUCCAAUAAUCCGCAGUUCUCCGGACACAUCUCCAUCUUCGGUCACUCGCUCGGAAGCGUCAUCGUCUACGACAUUCUCACAGAAUACUCCCCACUGAUGCUCUAUGAUAAAUACGUGACGAAGUCCAUAGAUGAGUACUUGAAGCGAAGUGAAUCGGGCACGGAAGAAGCGACACGAGCGAUGGAGGCGAUGAAAUUGGCGAGAGAGCAGAUCAGAGACAAAAUGGAAGGAGGCAUUCAGAAGAUACUUCUUACAAAAGAAGAACAGCUGGAUUUCAAAGUGAAGUACCUGUUCGCAGUGGGCUCUCCGCUUGGAGUGUUCCUGACGAUGCGAGGUGGAUCUUCGACCGAUCUUCUGUCUGCGGCGACGAAUGUGGAGCGAGUGUUCAACAUCUUCCAUCCGUACGAUCCGGUUGCUUACCGUCUCGAACCGUUCUUCACUCCCGAAUACAAAACAUUCGUCCGAUCAAGCUGUUCCAAACGAAUGACAUGCGGGCGCGUGCUUCUUACGAGGAUCUUCCGUUGGAUGUGUACAAGCAUUAUCUGAAGAAACUAAAGAAUCAGAACAAGAACAAGAAAGGUAAGGAUGACAAGGAGGCCCGCAGUGGAGGAGACGAUGAGAUUGACGAGGAAGACGAGUGCGACUCUGAGGAGGACGCUCGAAGCGGAUGCUCAUCGCCCCGUUCGAUGACGCCGCCGCCAUUCGAGAAUGCUGUGAAGGAGCCAAAAGCAGUCAAAAAAGGAUGGUUCUCUUUCGGGACCUCCAACAACAAUCCGAAAAAGACGCAGAGCACUGCAAGUCUGAACGGAACAGUCGGUGCCACUUCGACAGAACACAUUGAAGUGGGGAAAGAAGCGAUUGCUGAUCUGCCGCUGGCCGAGAAGAUUCUUGGAGCGGGAGUUCGAGUUCCGCAUCGCAUUGACUUUCAGCUUCAGGUAAGACCACAAGCUACUUUACUUACAAAAACUGUUUUUGCAGCCGGCCCUCACCGAGAAAAGUUACUGGUCCGUUCUCAAGUCGCACUUUGCCUACUGGACGAACGCCGAUCUCGCUCUGUUCCUGGCGAACAUGCUUUACUGCAAACCCGCGAAACCCGAAGAAGCCAAACCGACGUGGGCGUAA